AUGGUAGCUGUGGGAGCUGGUGUACGGUCAGCAUUGAUAGUGGACAUGGGCUGGAAGGAAACUGCCGUAACCAGUGUUUACGAAUACAGGGAAGUAAAAAGCUCGAGGACUGUCAGGGGUGGCAGGAGUCUUCAUGAUGCGCUAUACAAACUGCUUCAUGCCUUGAUCCCUUCUGCCGGAGACGACGAAUCAGAAGACAGAGCCGUUUCUUUUGAAGAAUGCGAGGAAAUAUUGUGUCGACUAAUGUGGUGUCGACCUUCGGCCUUCAAGUCGUCUCAGAGACAGUCCACGCAGUUGGACACAGUGGAGGAGCAGGACGAAAGCGAAGGAGAGUCAAAUCAACCGAGCGGCAUAGCCGAGGUGCCACUUCGGUCAACAAACCCUCCCUCGACUAUCCACAUACCCUUCAACAAGCUUGCUGAUGUUUGCGACGAUACUUUUUUCGACCCUUCAGCAGAUCGAACCACCUUUGAUGACCACGAACUGCCCCUCCACCUACUUGUAUAUCAACAUCUGCUUCAGCUGCCUCUUGACGUCAGGGCAGUCUGCAUGUCUCGAAUCAUUUUCACUGGGGGCUGUUCGAAUAUACUGGGUGUAAAGGAGAGAAUCGUCGACGAGGUUACGAGUAUUGUCGAACGAAGGGGUUGGGAGCCUGUGUUUGGCAAAGGCGUCGAGGCCUUGCGAAACGGCCGCAGAGCCCAACGCAAGGCUAGCCUCCAAAGGUCAAGCAUCUCAUCUGUUGGGACGUCAGAAUCCGGCGGUGACGAUUCUGACGGAUUGCGGUCCGAGUCAGGAACUACAGAUUCCCAAGAAGACCAAGUCGAGGCCAAGAUUCUACGCAAUAGGCCGAUACGGCCCCAGGUGCAGGGUCAGCUGCGAGCAAUUCACUCGUUGGGAGCUUGGGCUGGCGCCAGCUUGAUGUGUCAGUUGAAAAUUCCCGCCUUGGCCACUAUAGACAGGGAGCUGUGGUUGCAGCAAGGCGCAAACGGAGCAUCUCGUCCGUGUGAUGUAGAUUUCAAGAACCAGCAGCGGCAAAGUAUGGGAACCAUCAGAGGAAGUGGAGGCCAUCACACAAACUGGACCCUCGGCGUUUGGGGUGCCUUGUAG